GAGGAGGAGAGAGAUUAAUAAGGAAGAAAAAAAAGUCACAGUACACCUGAACAAGGAGUGGUUGAGCCCGAAAAACAGGAUCACGUUAGAGUUUCAAUAUGGCGUUGAACUAACUCUAGGUGACAGGAUCUACAUCUGAUUUUAUACUAAAAAUCAGGCACCAAACACAGGGGAUCAUCAUGGUGAAAAGGAGGAAGAGGUGUUGAGUGUAAGCAAAAGUAGAGAUCUUGCCUCGGUUUCGAGGAGUGAGGAAAUCUAUCCACUUUCUAGCUGCAAGCACAGUUGUCAUGGCAACAACACCUCAAUUAAUGAACACAACACUAUCUCCGGUAAAUACGACGGCAAAGUCACAGGCAGAUAUUCUUUAUCAGAGUGCUGGUGCAAUAGUUGCUGCUAUUGUGGUCGGUGUAAUUAUAAUAUUUUCACUGGUACUGGUCACCCUCAAGAUGUAUAACAGGCGUACACGAACAGAGAGAGAGCUGGCAAUGAAAAGCACCAAAACCACAAACACACCAAGCACAAGAGCCCACAACAGUUCCAUCAGCCAGCCAACAUCUUUAACAUCUGUUCCACCUGACAUCCACCUUGAAAACCGAUGACUGGAGAGAAUGUGUGCUGCGGGAAAAUGAAGCUGAGUUUGAUUUACAGUUAAAAUUAGUUUAGGACAUUGCAUUUAGAUCCCCAGAUCUUAACCGAAACACUGAGAUUGAGAAUGUGAUAAAAGGUCUUUGCUUCUGAGACCAGCGGUCCCUACAUUCACAAGCCUAUCCUAAAAGCAGAAAACUCCUAUCCACCAUAUGAGCUAAGAAAUAAGCAAUUGUAUAAGGACUGAAAAUGGAAUAUUUGUCCACACUAGGGCAAAGGAAAGCCCAACCAUCACAAAGUCUCUUUCAUCUGAAGUCUAUAGUAAUUCUAACCCAAUGAAUGUAUACAGUGGGCCUCAAUGGAAAGGAUGACUGGGGUACAUUUUUGGAAUCAUGACUGACCUUCUGAAGGCUUAUAUAUUCAUAUUUAUAUUUAUAUAUGAAUGAAUGUUGUAUGUAGAUUGUUGGACUUUCUCUAUGUUUUCAUAUGUGUCACAGAACAUUGUUUCGCCAUUGUAUAUACAUUAAAAUCACUGUACUGAGCAGUGACCAAGUCCUAUUCUGCACACUCAACAAGGUUUUUGGACACAUUGGGAUAUGUUUCUUGCAUAUGCAAUCCAGUACUGGAUUUAAAGUCAGGAUGGUAGUAAAACAUUGUGAUAAUUUAUAGAAAAAUGUCAGAGUUUAUUUGAAUAAUCUGUAUGUUUAUGUCCAUCUUAGUAUAAUCCUAGACUAGUAUUAAAGGAAUUUUUAUACGGGAGUCAAAGGGUCAGCUCUAGACAUGAAAGGAAGCCAGAAAGUAUAGCAACCAACUGUACUUGAUGGAGGAAGUUGAGACCAGUCGGACAUCAUGUAUAGUGGUGACUUUUAAAGGUGAAAAAUAAUUACUGUACAUAGACAGCUUGAGCAUGCCAGAGCAGGAGCCAUUCUUAGAGAGUGUGUCUGUGUGCUGGCUCAUAGAGAGAUAUCAAAAAUUACCAUGGCACUCAGAAAUUAAGAUGCAUUUUCACUUUUUAUUGCAUCCAACUUGUUAUAUUGACAUGGCCAUGUCAACAUAACAUGUUGGAUGGAAAAAAAGUGAAAAUGCAUCUUAAUUUCUGAGUGCCAUGGUAAUUUUUGAUAUUUCUAGCAGAGGAUUACCCUACCACCGAGCACCAGAACAUCAAUAAUAUUUUGGAGUGCCUACCAUUUUCCUUUUUUUUUUGGUCUAAUAGAGGGAAUCCUGAGUGGUGGGGGUGACCUCUCUCUAUGAUUCAUAUGCGCUUCUUUAAAGGGGUUAUCCCAUUAUUAAUUAAAAAAUUAAAACUGGACAUCAUAUAAUACAUGAAAAUAUCUUUUGAACAAAGCUAGAACAUGCCCUGUACCACACAUGGAUUUAGAGCUACCCCCAUUCAUUACUCCAGUUGCACUGCUAGAUUCUUUUCAGGCUGGUACGUAGCUCAAGGGUGUGUGUCCAUUCUCAGAAGACAUGUCCUUUCCGCUGCAGCUCUUAAUUGUCACAGCUUCAAACAUUAGAUACAACUGGUGGCAGUUGAAGAUUUAAACUGAACAUGUGCGUCCACCUUAUUAAGGUGGACAUAUAAAUAAGGAAAAGAGCAAACAGCAGGUGGCGCCAUACAGACAGAUUUUAUCGGCUAUAUUAUAUUUUUAAUUACAUGCAUCUACAAAAUUAUUUAGAUGUAGGUGCUAAAAAUAUAGAAUAUUUUUCAUGGGAUGACCCCUUUAAGACAAAACCUUCCUUUACUAGCAGACUGGUUGCUGUGGAGGUUGUAGAUGAUGGUGUAUCCCUAGCAACCAAUCUGUCUCAAAUGACAUAACUUUUCUUCCUAAAACCGGACUGUCACUUUGCUGAGAAGUAGAAAGUCAGCAUGACGUGUAAAACUCCAUCUUACCCUUAAUGAAUGUGAUUUUUCUAAAGUAGAAUAGAUGUCGGUGUAGAGCCUUUGAAGUUAGCCCAUUCAUGUUCAGAAGACGACAUCUAGAAUAGGCGUUGAGUUUUUGAGGCCAUAUGAUUUCAAUAUAAACAUUUGUAUUUUGCGUAGCUGUAUUCUUCCUCUGUAAUAAGUUUUGCUUAGUUUUGAAUAAUGUUAUUUGUAUUUUACAUGCACUUCACAAAUGUGAAAAAUAUAUAUUUAUGACACUGUCCUGACAAGGUAAGAUUGCAAUCGGCCAACCAUUACAGAAAAUAUUAAAUCUUUUUGAAUGGUUAUUACUGGCCUAGAAUAUGACUAGGACAGAUUGCUUCCAAUUGCAGAGCUACUUGGGGGGGUGAAGAGGGCGAGGCUUUCUAUGUGGUGCUCGAGCGCCUGCCUUCAUUUUACACUGGAGAUUGUUCAGGCCCAUAGCGCGCACAGGGUGAAAAGAUGAAAAGAAGCCAGAAAGACAAAAACAUCCAUAGCUAACCUUCUAGAGCUGGCGUUUUUACUGCAAACAAAAAACAAAAAAAACCCAGCAUAAACACAGCUAAAAAUGCAGAAAAAUGCCAGUAAAAACAUGUGUGAACCCACUCCAACACUCCUUUGCAGAAUCUUCUUGAAGUAUAGCAAAGGAUCAUAAAUGAUGAGCACGAUAAAUCUUUUUGGGGGAGAGUUGUCAUUCCCUUUAUGCAUGAAAAGUGGUGUUAAAAAGUCACACGUGCAAUUGUCGCAUCUCCCCUUUUUUGUCGUCAUUGACACUUUUCUAAAAAGAGGGCAUGACAAGGGUGGGGAGGGGGCGUGGCCAUCCACUGCAACAAAUUUAUCUUCAUGUGCGCCCGUUUUCUGGCGUAAAUGAAGCCAGAAGUCUACGGCCGCUCUGAGAUGUCGUAGAUUUCUGGUCAGGCGCAUGGACUGCAGGAUGAUUUUGCUUGCUAUAGACAGCUGCUCCACUUUUGUGUUCACUAAUUUUUAUACAUCAAGACUAAUCAGACGUCAACGUAAAGAGAACAUAAGUCAAAAGCCACGUUGUAGAAACUCACUUUUGUGCACCAACUGGAUUUUUAGAACCCAGGCCUAAGCUUCAUGCACACAGCAGUGCCAUGUGCACAGAGAAUUUACGCAGUGUAUGUAAGCCUGCUCUUUGACAGAAGAACGGACUCCAUGCCCUGGUAUUCUGGAGCUCCUUUGCUCUGUAUGAGAACUACAUCUGCUGCGCAAAGCAGGGUUGUUUCACAAUGUGUACCAUGUCAUUGCUGCACAAUCAUGCUCAGAAAAUUUUUAUGGUUCACUUGAUGUGACAGUUAUAUUGCGCUGUUUACGCUGGUGAGGUCAUUGCUUACUUAUGGGCAUGGCUGUUGUACAUUGGUGGGCAUCUGGGGAAAGUUCAAAUAUGUUUACCUUAAAUGGAUCUCUCCUGCCAGCUUUUUGAUCUUUUUCACUUGCAGUUUAAGAGGAAUGCAUUCAAAUUUUUUAAUGAAUAAAGGGGGGAAUUUAUAAUUUAUUUUGGUUUUGGCGUCUGUUUUAAGUGUGUCUUUGCUUUCUGAGGUUAUGCCAAAUUUAUGAUAGUAAUAUAUUUGGCGCAAGUGUGAUAUGGUGUACACCUAUCUCGCUUAAAGUACAGCAGGGGGUUGCCUGGCAUGGAGAUGCAACUUUUUUGUGACUUUUUAAAAAGUCCCACAUUAUAAAUGAGACUUAAAGAGGUUGUCCUAUCUCAACAUUUAUGGCAUAUCGCUAAGCUAUACCACAAAUGUCAGAUAGAUGUGGGUGCCACCUCUGGGACCUGCUCCUGUCUCCAGAACUGGGCCUCGAAAAGAAGGGAGAGCAGUCAUGCAUUUGCGAACACCAUCCAAUGCUAUGGAAGUUCCAAAAAUGUCCACAAGUCCCAAAGGUGGCUGCACUUGCAGAGCUUGCUCUCCACUUACUGCUAUAAGGCCUCUGAAAAUAACUGAGCACACUCGCUUGGUUAUUUUUGGAAGUCCCAUAACAGUGAAUGGUGAGAAAGCUGUGCAUGCAAGGUGCUCUCUUCUUAACUUUAGGGGCCCCAUUCUGGAGAUAGGAGGGGGUUCCAGAGUUGGGACCCACACCUAUCUGACAUUUGUGGCAUAUCCCUUUAUUAACACAGACAUAAUAAUUAUGAUUAACAAUCAUUACUUGAGAUUGACUUGUUAAUGAUUAUCAUUUUCAACACCGUUAAGCCUCAUGCACACGUCCGUGGAACACGGACCGUGUGAUACCG